AUGGAAGAAACUCCAGGUUCUAUUGAAAGAGGCCAAAUUCUUCCAGCUCAGAUAUUCUUCCAGGCUUUUCUUCCACAACUUUUCUUAACCACCAAUUUCUUUCUUUUUUCUUUCAUUUGUUUCCCUUUUUUUUAUUUCUUUCUUCGACUACUUUGUCUUCUUUUUUUCGUUCUCUUUUUUUCUUUUCUAUCUUUUUUUUCUUUUCUGUCUUUUUUUCUUUUCUGUCUAUAUUCUCUUUUUUCUUUUCUUUUUUCUUUUCUAUCUAUAUUCUCUUUUUUCUUUUCUUUUUUCUUUUCUGUCUCUAUUUUCUUUUUCUUUUUUUAUUCUUUUCUUUUUUGUUCUUUUUUUAUAUGUUUUUCGCAUUCUUAUUUUCUUCAAUUUUUCUUUCUUUUUCUUUUCAUCUUUAUUUUCUUUUUUUCUUUUAUUACUUUCAUUAAUUUUUAUUUUAUAAUCCUUCUUUCUUUUUAUUUUCUUUCUAUAUUUUUCUAUUUUCUUUUACCUUACUUUUCUUUAUAUUAUUUCUUUUUGUUUUAUUUGGGUUUUUCCUUUUUUUUUUCUUACUUCCAUAUUUCUUUCUUUUCUUUCUUUCUCAUUUUUUUUUAA